GUGAUCCACUGAGCAGAAAUGAAUUGGCCCGGCAGAAGGUUAGUCCUGACCUGCCUGCUGCUGCUAAAAAUUCUGAAGGUGGAGCUGGUCGGUGGGAAAGUAUUAGAGGAGACCUACAUGAAGUGGAUCCAUUACAAGGACGAAUGUUUAAAGAUGAUUCACAAUGAGCCGGUACCUCAAGGCAUGUUAUGUAGAAGGACAUUUGACCACUACGCCUGCUGGCCGGAUGGUCCUCCUGGGUCUGUUGUCAAUGUGUCCUGUCCAUCGUAUCUUCCCUGGUUUGACAAGGUUUCUCAGGGUUUAGUUUUUAGGCGGUGUGGCUCUGAUGGCCACUGGGUGGAGGUGGAGGAUGGAGAAGUCUGGAGGGACAUAUCUCAAUGUGAAGAGGAGCCUGAAGUUGAAUUUCAGGAGCGGUGGUUCAAGGAGUUGAUGGUGAGCUUUAAGACCCUUUACACGAUUGGCUACACCCUGUCCCUCUUUGCUCUUGUCUCGGCGCUCAUCAUCCUAUUGAGUAUCAGGAAGCUUCACUGCACUCGUAACUACAUUCACGCCAACCUGUUUGUGUCUUUCAUCCUGCGAGCCGUGUCAGUGAUCGUCAAGGACACCAUGCUGGAGCGUCACUGGGGCCGGGAGAUCAUGAGACAGGCAGACAUUGGAGAGAUGCUGAGUCACAAGGCUGCCAUUGGCUGCAGAAUCGCCCAGGUGGUGAUGCAGUAUUGUGUUCUAGCUAAUCACUACUGGUUCUUUGGGGAGGCUAUCUACCUUUACUCUGUGCUCAUCGCUUCAGUGUUUAUUGACAACAACAAGUACCUGCCUUAUAUCUGCCUCGGCUGGGGAACUCCCCUUUUAUUUGUCAUUCCUUGGGUGCUGGCCAAGCUACUGAGAGAAAACAAAGAGUGCUGGGCUGUGAAUGAAAAUAUGAGCUACUGGUGGAUAAUACGGUUCCCCAUUCUUUUUGCCACGUUGAUCAAUUUAUUGCUAUUCAUUAAGAUUUUGAAGGUGAUUCUGUCCAAACUACGCGCCAACCAUCAGAAUGGCUAUCCUGACUACAAGCUACGGUUGGCCAAGGCCACUCUGACCCUUAUUCCUCUGUUUGGCAUCCAUGAGAUCAUCUUCAUUUUUGUCACUGAUGAGCAGACCUCUGGCGUGCUUCGCUUCGUCAAGGUCUUCUCCACACUCUUUCUCAACUCAUUUCAGGGCUUUCUGGUGGCUGUGCUGUACUGUUACUUUAACAAAGAGGUGAAGAUGGAGCUUACAAAAAAACUGCGAAGCUGUAGAAUGGAGAAGGGCGUUAUCUGUUGUCCACAGUGACUAACCGACACAAGAGUAGAGCCAUUCUCCGUCGCUACAGUGCAACACAAUGGAGCCUCUACACCGACAGUCCAGCCUAGUAGUCCUCCCACUCCACAUGCUCGAAGGUCACGACAACAGGCUCAGAACACACUGACACCAGAGUCUCACUCUUUACACCAUUGUCCUACAUCAAUGACUCGGGACAAGCGUAUAGACUGUACACAUCUAACUCAUAUUGAGACCGCAUCUCAAUCUAUGCAGGUGUCGUUAAUUAUUCACUUAAAUGACCCAGUAGAGUUACCUCCAAAUGUUGUAAAUGUUGAUUCAGAUUAAGAUGUAUAACUUAUAUAAUUAUGUAUUAUGACAGUGUAUUUUUCCAGUAGUAACAUGUAUGUUGAAAUGUGAAUAGGCUAAUGUGACAAAACACUUUCAGUUGUUUUUCUAGACGCAAUGGGUUGGAUAACUGUCAGUAUUGUGUUUAUACCCUGACCCAUAUAUUUGUGACAGACAGAGAUUAGUAUUCAGAGCGCUUUACUUUCUCCACAUGUUAUGGUCUUUUUAUAUAAUAAGUUAAGCAAUUUUUUCGCUAUAAAUCUACAACUCUGUUUCCAAAAAAGUUGGUAACCUGUGUAUAAUGCAAAUAAAAAAAGAAUUA